AUGGUCCUAUACUUCGGCCGCCAUUCCAGUAAGCAAUGUAUCCGCAAUCAACCGAUUCGUUUUGGAUAUAAAGUUUGGUGCCUAAAUUCUGUAAACGGAUACCUAGUCAAUUUUCACAUUUAUACCGGUAAAAAUAACGAAGUUUAUUCCUCUGAGGAAAAAGCUUUUGGAAAGGCAACAUCCCCUCUAAUUCACAUGUUGGAUGAGUUUCCAUCUUCGAUUUCAACUUUGCCGUAUCACAAAUUUCUUGACAAUUUAUUCACUUCAUUCAAUGUACUGAAGCAUUUGAAGGACAAUGGCUACAAUGCAACAGGAACCAUGCGUGAAUAUAGGAUUCCUCGGGGCUGUCCUCUCCCAUCAAACAAGAUCGUGAAACGUGAGAAACGUGGCACUUGUAAGUACAUUAUUGAACAUACUGAUGGUAUAUUUAUCUGCAAGUGGGUUGAUAACAGUGCUGUAACUGUUGCAUCUACAAAAUAUGGAUUCGAGCCAACAAAUGCUACCAAGAGAUACUCCAGAAAAGAUAAAAAAUCUGUGAUUGUCCCGCAACCUCAUUGUAUCUACCAAUAUAACAAAAGUAUGGGCGGUACUGAUCGCAUGGACCAAGAUAUAAUUAGAUACAAAAUUGAUAUCCGAGGUAAAAAAUGGUGGUUCGUCCUUUUCACGUGGUUGAUUGAUGUCGCCGUAAAUAACUCUUGGCUCAUUCAUAAGGAGAGCUCGGGAACUAAAAUUCCGAAACUUCAGUUCUGUCGCCAACUUGCCCAAACCUAUCUUGUUCGCUUCAAGACCCCAAUCAAGAAGGCUGGACCAUCGGCUCAUGCUAAAAACAAAUGUAUCGAUUCGAUCAGGUACGAUCGUAUUGAUCAUUUCGUGGCCCCGAUUGAAAACCGAAGAAGGUGCGCUAACAAGCCAUGUUCCUCGCACGUGAAGACAAUUUGCCAAAAAUGUGAUGUCGGGCUUUGUGUACGAUGUUUUGUGAAAUAUCAUAGUAUUUAA